AUGUCCGCCUCUUGCUUGCCCGCAGCUCUUUCAGCACCAUCCGAGCUGGACAGCGCCUGCCGCAUGGAGAACGGCCCGAGAACGGCCGGCGCAGCCCAGCCGCCUCCAACGGCGGGGAAAGACGCGGUUUUGGGCUCGGUGGCUUUGCCGGCUCCUCUCCUUCCUCCGGCGGCGGCUGCGGCUCCUUCUUCUUCUUCUCCACCGCCUUCUGCGGCGGCGGCUCCGUCUCCUUCGGUCGUGGGCGGCGAGCUGGCCCUGGCCCUGGAGGAGGAGCUGGCCAUGCUGGCUUCGGCCGGGGAAGGCUCCGCGGAGAGCGAGCCGCCCGGAGGCCCCGCGGCGGCGUCCCCCCCAGCCGAGCCGGAGGUGCUGCUGUCGCAGAUGAGGCAGAAGGAGAAGGACUUGGUGUUGGCCGCCCGGUUGGGGAAAGCCUUGCUGGAGCGCAACCAGGACAUGAGCCGCCAGUACGAGCGGAUGUACAAGGAGCUGACCGACAAGCUGGAGCACCUGGAACAGGAGAAACACGAGCUGAGGAGGCGCUUCGAGAACAAGGAAGGCGAGUGGGAAGGCCGGGUCUCCGAGCUGGAGAGCGACGUCAAGCAGCUGCAGGAUGAGCUGGAGAAACAGCAGGCUCACCUGCGGGACGCUGACCGGGAGAAGACGCGGGCGGUCCAGGAACUAUCCGAACAGAACCAAAGACUUUUGGACCAGCUCAGCAAGUUAUAG